UCACUCACACUCUCGCUCAGCUGAGAUUCAGAGGUGGAGAGCAAAGAUUCUCUCUGGGAGAAAAAAAGGGGGGAAGGGUACCAGAUUUUCCUCCUCUGUCACCAAGAAAGAGAUAUAAAGAAGAAAAAAGGUAGAGUGUUAAUUUUGAGGGAGGGGUGGUUACUCUCAUCAACCCUGCCUUCUGCACAUGCUCAGCUCUGCUGCACAACUGUGUUCCCAGAUGGAGAGGAUGCAGGGAGAGGGAGAGGGAGAGGGGGACCACCUGGAGCGACCGGGCCCGCUGACUGACAAAGAGAGGCUGAUGAUCCAGGACUCCUGGGCAAAAGUCUACCAGAACUGUGACGACGUCGGGGUGGCCAUCCUAGUCAGGCUGUUUGUGAACUUCCCAUCGUCCAAGCAGUACUUCAGCCAGUUCAAGCACAUCGAGGAGUCGGAGGAGCUGGAGAGGAGCGCCCAGCUUAGGAAGCAUGCUCGCAGAGUCAUGACUGCCCUCAAUACACUGGUGGAGAGUCUUGACAACUCAGACAAGGUGGCAUCAGUGCUGAAGGUGCUGGGCAAGGCCCACGCACUGCGACACAAAGUGGAGCCUGUGUACUUUAAGAUCCUGAGUGGUGUGAUACUGGAGGUCCUGGGAGAAGAGUUUUCAGAGGUCGUGACAUCCGAGGUGGCGGCGGCAUGGACCAAACUCUUGGCUACAAUCUGCUGCAGCCUCAUAGCCGUCUAUGAGGAAGUGGGCUGGACUAAGCCAACCUCAACCGAGUGAAGCUUUUAGUCUGGGUUUUUUGGACCAUGAACUCCCAGAGACUUCUACUGUUUGGGCCACGGCCUCAUAAGAGAGGGAUGAGUUACUGACCUUUGACGGGAAGCAAUGUAUCUGGGGACAAAACUGGGGAAUACAGUUUAAUGUAAUCUAAGAUAGUCGUGGGCUGAUGGGACAUAUACGCUCUAAAUAAGAACAGGUACUGUGCCCUUUUCAUGGCUGACUGUGUGUGUGUGUGUGUGUGUGUGGGUGUGGGGGGGGGGUGUGUGUGAGAGAGAGAAAGUAAAAAAAUCUCCUUGUUUUUUUAUACUCUUGUAAAGGACCAAACUAUUUUAAGGAGAGAGCAAAGAAGAAGAGAAUGAAAAUGCAACCGUAACAGUGGACAAGAGGUCACAUUUGACUUGGAUGUGCCUUCUACCGAAUGUGUAUAUCUAAAACAAACUGAUAUGUAAAUACUUCUAAAUAUCAUGUGAUGUUUCCUCUUAUCAGCCCGUGUCCACUUGUGCUCACUUUAUCAGAUAUUAAGAAGACAUUUUUACAUUUAUAGCAGUGAAUUGUGAUGAUUGUAAUUUUUUUUCAUUAUGACUCACCUUUGUAUCUGUAUUUAACACAAUUUUCAAAUAAAAAUACAAACAAAACCCUUUGA